AUGCUGCUUCCCAACGGUCAUGUGGCUAGGGACGUGUUGGGCAAACGACAGCAGCAGAGUACCGACGGCGGCAGUGGAGGAGGCCGUGGAUCGCCAAUUGUGGUGGUGAUUGUGGUCACCAUAGUUGCAGUCAUACUGUUCCUGAUCCUGUCGUGCUAUCUGUUGCGCAAAGUCAGGAAGAAGCACGAGAAUCCCAAAUAUGUGCCGACGCAGUUCCUGAAACGGAAAUGGCAGAACUGGAAGCCACGAUCGUCCAAAUCGUCCGAGGGAACAUACAGUCGAGCGUCGGACGUACCCACCCUGCCCCUGCGAAGCGACAACCGCAGCGCGCGCGGCAGCAGACAGGAUCUGCCAGACGUUGAACGAGCGCAAGCGGCCGAGACUGCCGAGACUGGCGAUGGCGUCGAGAGGCAUACCAGCGUGCGCUCGGUCAUGACAUUGCCUGCUUACUCCAAGUCAGUGCGGGAGAAUGAGCGCGUGCUGGCGCGUGAAGGCGAAAGAGACGGUAUCGAUGUCGUGGUGGAGAUGCCAGAGAAUGAGGGCGAAGAAGAAGCAAGGAGAGAGGACGAGAUGGAGUCACUGUACCAGAUACGCCUGCAGAGAAGGACAGAAAUAGCGGAAAGAGAGGAGCGACGGCAACGGCGGAGAGAAGCGCGCCAACGUGGAGACUUCGCCGAAGUCGAGCGCAUACGGCAGGAAACCACUGUUGCAAACCAGGCGAGAGAAACACAAGGCGCUACGGCCAUGAUCGCAGAACACCAAGGCCGAAAUCGAGACAGAAGGGUCAGCAGUGUCAGCUAUGCUGCAUUAGGCGUUGCAAGACAUGAUGGUACAAGGAUUCGAUCCGACUCCGCCAACAGCGAUAGCAGACCUCUGCUAGAUUCUGCAACGAGCAUGAGCGGUGGCGCAAGCCUGAGGCCUUGGCCGACACGGGACUCACACUCCUUUACACAUCACCGCAACCAAUCGCCAUCCGACUCCCUCAUGUCAAUGUCCGACAACAGCUCCGAAAUGGUCGACAUGAGCGAUAUGCCACCUUUUGGCCGCGCAGGAAGCGAUUUCGAAAUCGUCGCGCUGAAUGGCAGCCACUCGCGAAACGGCUCAGCAGCACACACACCAAGCGGCGGCCGAAGCAGAGCAUCAACCCACACCGGACCCAUCCGGCCGUCAAUCGACACAACAGCGACCGCAGCAGGAGUCAGCGGCGACCUUGGCGAAGCACAAAUCCCAAGCGUCGAACCCCCAUCCUACGACGACGAUGGCUUCGAAGAAGCACCCCCUUACACCUCGCCUAUACAAGAGCGUUCGCCGCAAACACAAUUACACUCAGUAUCUGCCACCACCACAUCAGGCAGGCCUGAAUAUGAAGAAAGACGAACAUCCAACAACGGCGCGCCUCUCCUACCUGAAAUAGGCCGCUUACCCAGCAUUAGAAUCGCUGAAGCGACUCCCAUCGAGCCGAGACAGCCAGUGUUUCCGGAAACAGUCCGGGAAGGGUGA